CAUGUUUAAUUUUAAAUCCGGCUAAUAUUUUAUGCAAAAGAACAAAUUUUGUUGUAAUUGUGUCAGUUAACUUAACACAUUUUUAUUUAAUUAAUUAUUCAAUUAAAUAUACCUUGCUCUAUUUUUAUAUUUCUUUUAAAUGUCUGACAACAAAAAGUAUUGUAGUGUUUUUAAUAAAAACAUGUUAAAUCUGAAUAUACAUUAAAUAGUAAAUUAAUUAUUUUAUUAAUCAUGAAGAAAGAUAAAACAGGAGAUAACGCUAGACCUUAUAAAUUAGCCCAUCAAUUAGUUAGUUUAACUGGAAUAAGUUUUCAAAGGAAAAAUAUAUUGGGCAUGGUUGAACUUACAAUUAUUCCUCUGAAAAGUAACUUACGAUUCAUUAAGCUUAAUGCUAAACAAUGCCGUAUAUACCAUGUAACAGUAAAUGAAACAUUUGAAGCUCCCUUUCAGUAUUUUGAUCCAUUUAUUGAUAUCACUCAAGGAAGUCAAGAAGAGCCAACAUUAAGUAUAUUUUCUACUUGUCAUUUAAGUGCAGCACAAGAGACUGACCCAGAUAACAACAAUGGAGAAUUAGUUAUAAGUCUUCCACCUGAUAUAACAUCAUUUAUAAAUGAAACCACUACUUUUAAAAUAAAUAUAGAAUAUUCCUUAGAACAACCAAGUGGUGGUAUACACUUUGUCAUACCUGAUGGUGAAGGAUCUUUUAGUGAACGACGAGCUCACAUGUAUACUAGAUGUUUUGAGAACUCAUCAAGGCUAUGGUUUCCAUGUGUUGAUAGUUACGCUGAACCAUGUACAUGGAACUUAGAGUUUACUGUUGAUGAAAAUAUGAUUGCUGUUUCAUGUGGUGAUUUAAUUGAAGUGGUAGCAGCUCCAGACUUAAGGCGUAAAACUUAUUACUAUAAUUUAUCAAUGCCAACAUGUGCACCAAAUAUUGCAUUAGCAGUAGGGCCUUUUGAAAUUUAUGUUGAUCCAACAAUGCACAUUAUUACUCAUUUUUGUUUACCGGGACUUUCUGAACUUUUACCUUUAGUCGCUAAGUACACUCAUGAAGCAUUAGAGUUUUAUGAAGAUACACUUUCAAAUGGAUAUCCUUACAGUUGUUAUAAACAAGUUUUUGUAGAUGAAACUCCUACUGACUAUUCAUCAUAUGCAUCACUGGGAAUUAUAAGUGUUAAUGUAUUACAUCCAAAACAAAUUAUAGAUCAAGUUUAUGUUUCAAAAAAAAUUAUGGCUCAAGUAAUGGCUGAGCAGUUUUUUGGCUGUUUUAUUUCGACACAAAAUUGGUCAGAUUGGUGGCUUACAUGUGGUAUAGCCUUAUACAUGUCUGGUUUAUUUGCCAAAAAAUGUUUUGGAAACAAUACUUAUCGUGAAUGGAUACAUAAUGAAUUAACAAGUUUAGUACGAUAUGAAGAAGAAAUUGGACCAAUAGUAUUAGAUCCUACUCAACAACCAGCUCCAUUAAGCAGUGGUCUUAUCAGUCCUGGUGGAUCAUCUAAUCCAGGAUUAUCAUUGUCAUUCAAUAGUGUUCAAAGUGCUAAUGAUACUUCAAAUUUUUAUUUUUCUACAAGAAGUUUACAUACAAUAUCCCCUCGAUAUUUUCAUUAUAUGACAAAAAAAGCUCAUCUUGUAAUUAGAAUGUUAGAAAACCGUAUUGGCUAUUCACUUUUAUUACAGGUGUUAAACAAGCAUUUAUCUCUAGCUAGUAAUGCUUCACAAAAUCCAAUGAGUUCUGGAUUAUGGGGUCAUAUGUUAAUAAGCACUAACAUAUUUAAUAAGACUAUUUUUACAGUUUCUGGAAUUGAUAUGUCUGUAUUCAUUGACCAAUGGGUUAGGACAGGUGGUCAUGCAAAAUUUACUUGUUCUUUUGUAUUUAACAGAAAAAGGAAUACAUUAGAAUUAGAAAUUAGACAAGAUGCAUUACUUCAGAGAGGCAUAAGAAAGUAUGUUGGUCCAUUGUUAGUUAGCAUUCAAGAACUUGAUGGUCCUUUUAAACAUACUUUACAAAUAGAAAGCAAUGUUGCUAGAGCAGAUAUUACUUGUCAUUCUAAGAGUAGACGUAAUAAAAAAAAAAAAAUUCCAUUGUGUACUGGAGAUGAAGUAGACAUUGAUUUAAAUGCUAUGGAUAAUGAUUCGCCAGUACUUUGGAUCAGAUUGGACCCUGAAAUGACUAUUUUACGUAGUUGUAUUAUUGAACAACCUGAGUAUCAGUGGAAUUACCAGUUAAGACAUGAAAAAGAUGUGACAGCUCAAAUGGAAGCUGUUGUAGCACUUGACAAAUUUCCAACAAUUGCAACACGUAACGCUCUUUGUGAUAUAAUUGAAAAUGAACAAGUAUACAUACAUAUAAGGUGUAAAGCAGCUCAUUGUUUAACAAAGAUUGCUAAUGCAAUGGUUACUAAUUGGACUGGUCCUCCAGCCAUGUUAGCAACAUUUAAAAAGAUGUUUGGUUCAUUUUCUUGUCCACAUAUAAUUAAACAAAACAAUUUUUCAAAUCUUCAACAUUACUAUAUUCAAAAAACAAUUCCAGUAGCAAUGGCAGGUUUGCGAAAUUCUCAUGGAAUUUGUCCUCCAGAAAUAUUGAAGUUUAUAUUGGAUUUAUUUAAGUAUAAUGAUAAUAGUAAAAAUAGAUAUUCAGAUAAUUAUUAUAGAGCAGCUUUAAUUGAUGCUCUUGGAGCAACAGUUACUCCAGUUAUAUCACUAAUGCAAAAAGCUUGUGAUAUAACAGCUGAUUCUCUUUCUGGUGAUUCAAAACUAAUUCUUGAAGAAAUUACUCAACACCUUAAUAUAGAAAAACGUUUGCAAACGUAUAAAUAUCCAAUCACUAUUGCUUGUUUAAAAGCUAUUAGGAAAUUACAAAAAUUUGGUCAUUUGCCAAAUAAUCCUAAUAUAUUUCGCUCUUAUGCAUCAUAUGGAAAUUUCAUUGAUGUGAGACUUUGUGCUUUAGAAGCUUUAGUAGAUUUCACUUGUUUGGAUGGACGUUGGGAAGAUUUAAAAUAUUUAAUAGAUAUAGCUGACAGUGAUCCAGAUCCUAAAGUUCGAAAUGAACUUGUUCGAAUGUUAUGUAAAAAUCCUCCAUUCACUCCAAAAAAACCAAACAAUAGGUUGAAUAAUGAGUAUCUUGUUCAUCAUUUAUGGAAAUUAAUCAAUUCUUUGCUUUCAUAUGAUACAACUCUAAGAUGUAACUUUAUUGAUUUGUAUCACACAUUAUACGGAAAACAAAAAGUUUUACGUUCUGAAAUAGCUGCAUUAUACAAACCAAUUAAGGUUGAAGUAGAAGCUAAAUCUUGUACUCUUCCUAGUAUAAUAGUUGAACCAGAUACUAAUUUAAAUGAAGAACGUGGUAUCAAAAGGAGUUCAAAUUAUGAUGAUCCACUGAUGAUCCCUCAAGUUACUGAUGAUAUAGUAAAAAUAGAAGAUAACCUUGCUCAAAAUGCAUUUGAUGAUCCAUUAUUUAAAAAGAAAAUUAAGACUGAGGUUAAAGAAGAAUUACAAGAAAUACUAAAUACUAAUAAGUGUGUGACUCUAAUUUCGAGUGUUCAAUCAUCUAUUGAAGUAACUGAACAAAAAACUAAGACUGGAUAUUUUUCGGAAAAUUCAGCAUCUCUUCCUGGUAUUAUGGUAUCAAAUACAUCUGGACCUGUUGGGUUUGAGCCAGGAAUGUUUAAAGCUAAAUCUGAUGACAUACUAAUGAAACAAGUAACACAAUCUGAAACAAGUAAACAUCAUCAUCAUCAUCACCAUCACCACCAUAGCAAAGUUGAUGGAUCAAGUACUUCUAGCAAGAAAAAGAAAAAGGAAAAGAAAAAACAUAAACACAAACAUAAGCAUAAACAUGAACACAAACACAAGCAAGACAAAGCUAAAGAAAAAAAGGAUGAAAGCAGUAUAAUAAAAGUAAAAGAGGAAACAUUAACAUCUGGUGGUAGUUCUAGUAGUGAUGACACAUCAAGAGAUUUGGGUGUAUUUAUCUAAUGAUAUAUACUAUAAUACAAAUUUGUGUCACAGAAUUAAAAAACAUCCAACAUUUAUAAAACUAUGAAUAUAUUAUGAAAUUCGUAGUAUUUAUGUAAUUUUGUUGUACAUGGAUAGAUUAGUAUUUAUGAAAAUAAAAAUUUCUAUUUUCAACUA